UGCUCACGCACUUCCCGGUGGCAGUGUUGUUACAACAUCAGCCGUAGGUCUGCCUAAUCCAGAGCGAUUUUCUACUCCCUUUUUUAAAAAAAUUGCUCAUCCACCGUAGCACAGCCUUUCUGGCUCUGUGACACAGCCAGAGCUUCCCUACUGUAACACCCCUUAAACACACUCGUAACCCUCACAACAGGGUACACAAUGUCCAUUAUGCUAAUCUAUUCUUGGCUCUGUUAGUCACUUGGCAGCAGACUGCAAUCUCAGAGCAAGCGUGAUUCUGUUUUGCUGAGAAAACUUUGCGCCCACCUUUCAAAGACUCCCUCCUCCUCCCCCUUCUCCCCCCCCCUUCCUCACAUCAUCCAAAACCUGAUGCGAGAACUGAACCUUUGCAGAUUCAGUGGACGCAUGAGGCUUGCAUUAAGAAUACGCCGGACUGCUUCCAUGUGUAUGUUUACACAGUAAGCCAAUCCCCUAUGAGCCUCCAAGCAAACGCUAUUCUGCUGGGACUACUAUUCCUGAUGUUUUUCUUAGGCCCGCACAGGCAGCACCGCAGAAGAGCAGUGUGACUAAGGCAGAGACAGGAGUAAGCAGCAAAAUGGAUGCAUCUUCCAUCUAGUACUACACAGAAAGGAUUUCAUCAGCACAAUGAAUUGGGGGAAAGGACACUCUUCUGACUUGAAGACCAGGAUAGACUGUACUGCAUAUAUCCAGCAUCUAAGAGUUCAAGGACAGAGACUUGACUUCUGAGCUGCAAGAAAACAUACCACUGUGCUGAGAAGCAUAGGAUGUUACAACGAAGUCAAGUUUGUGUAAGACCACGUUCAGAAAGGUACAACUGAACGCUGUUUCACUGAACAAUGGUAAGAACAAAACAACUGGAGUGCAAAAGAUGAACCUACUUGAGACAGCAAAAUCAGGCUUUUUUAUAUGCAUCGUGGGUUGCAUUAUCAUCUGUGCUUUCGUCUACGUAAGGAAUACAAUCCCCAAGGAAGGCGAUGAGCAAAAAUUCCUCCCAGAAUUAGCAGAGUGUGGCGAUUACCCCGAUGAGCUUUGCUCGGCCCUCUUUGAUGGGAAAGAUGCUGCUCCUCAAAUUGGCCACUUGUGCCAGCAGGUUAUCCGCAGGCAAGAAAUGUCUACCUGCAUACAGACGCCUUGCAACUGCUCGACACUUCAGAAGAGACUUCACUUCAUUACAAGUCCUCUGUCAGAAGAAGAAGGCAACUUCUCCUUCGCGUACAUCAUCACCAUUCACAAGGAGCUGGACAUGUUUAUAAAAUUACUCAGAGCCAUUUAUGUGCCUCAGAAUGUUUACUGUAUACACAUUGACAAAAAAUCAUCAAAGGAUUACAAGUCGGCUGUGCAAACCCUGGUUAACUGCUUUGAAAAUAUUUUUAUCGCUUCGAGGACAGAGAAUGUUGUCUAUGCAGGAUUUUCCAGAUUACAAGCCGAUAUCAACUGUAUGAAGGACUUGAUUCAUUCAAAAAAUCAAUGGAAUUAUGUUAUUAAUCUUUGUGGCCAGGAUUAUCCCAUCAAAACUAAUAAGGAACUUAUGCAGUACAUCAAAAGCAAAUGGAAUGGUAAAAAUAUGACCCCAGGAAUUGUUCAACCACCUCAUAUGAAAUACCGGACACAUGUGAGUUACAAAGAAUAUGUGCAUUCAGAAAAAUCUUAUGUGUAUCCAACGAGGAAUGUGAAAAGUGAACCUCCCCAUAAUUUGACUAUUUAUUUUGGGGGUGCCUACUAUGUACUCACAAGAGAAUUUGUAGAGUUUAUACUGACUGAUACACGUGCAAGAGAUUUGCUUGAAUGGUCAAGGGAUACCUAUAGUCCGGAUGAGCACUACUGGGUCACCCUCAACCGCCUACCAGAUGCUCCAGGUGCAACACCAGAUGCACAGUGGGAAGGAAACAUACGUGCUAUCAAGUGGAGAGAUCAAGAAGGGAAAAGCCACAACGGUUGCAAAGGCCAUUAUGUCAGAGACAUUUGUGUGUAUGGUCUUGGGGACUUAAAGUGGAUCCAUGAAUCUCCCUACUUGUUCGCCAACAAAUUUGAGCCGGCAACCUAUCCACUUGUGAUGGAAUGCAUGGAGAGGCAUUAUAGGCGUAAGGUACUCCAGCAGGCUGAAGUCCCACUGGAAGCACACUGGUAUUUGCAAGAACAUACAUUUCAACGUGAAGCAGAACAACUGAAAUAACCAUUGCAAAUAUUUGGAGGACAAAGAAGAACAAAAGAAAAAAAAGAGGAAAAAGUAUACAUUCCAAAGCACAUAUCAGUUAUGGAAUCUGUGCAAUACAGUAACAUGUUCUAUCUCUGAGGGCGUAAAAACGGAAAACAUCUUUUAACAGAAAGAAGAGACAAUGUGUUCUGAAUCCAGUGACUUUACCAAUACUGAUUUCUCCAGACUACUAUCACCAUCCCGAAAUAGGGCAGCAAUGUUAAUCAACACUGUGUUCAAUUAAAUAUUCCUUUGAUGAAAAUCAAGGAACAAAAAUUUUAAAUGUUCAGCAGUAUUUCAAUACAAGCACCACCACCAGCGGUAGCUUCUGGAAGGCACACAGCAGGGACCUCCACAGCAGCAGAGGCUCUCCCUGACAAAUUUGCACCCCAUCCAGCAGUGCUGCUCAAGGGAUUAGGACUGCCCUGAAUUUGCCCCCACUCCUCAAAAAAUCAAGUUGCACAUUAACUAGAGAAGCAACCAGUGUAUAUACAGUCUACCACCAUCCUGCAACUAAGUGAAGAAUCUGUGGUAAAAACUGAAAUUCAGUGGACCGUAUGCCUUGAUUCAGACGGAAGGAAGAAUUAAGCCCGUUUACUGAAAAGAAAGCGGCAGUGAAGGAACAGAUGGCACUGAACAAAGACAUUCAAUUAUUUCAAUUGAAUGCCAGACAUUAUAUAUGUUUUGAACUGAAAGUUUACAAGAAGGCUUACAGGGAGAAGGUAAUUUUAUAAACUAUUAAAUUAAUUAUUGCCUAAGAUUUUGAAACCAAAUUUAAUUAUAACUGUGUGAUGGCUGCAAGUUUUCUAAUGUCAGGUAAAAAAAAAACCCUGUACUAAAUGCAUGGAUCUGUUUUUGUUUGCGUGUGUGCUUGUGGUUUUCAGGACAGAGAUUUGUAUCUGAAUGCUUGUUGUUGUUGUUUUAAUUUAAGAUGAACAUGUUAGAACAGGGAUGGUCAACAGAAGGCCCAAAGGUCAGAUACAAGGCCCAAAGGUCACAAAACAAUUUUUUUUACUGUUAAUAAAAGUGUGUGAAAAGUGACCUAUUGUUUCACUUGUAAGAGAAAGGGAGAUUAUUUUUGAAGCACUGAAAAACAGUUUAUUUCCACACUUUAAUGUUUUACCUCUCUGAAUUUUAUAUAAUAAAAUGCUCUAGCAAUGCA